UGCCCGCUCCCAAGAUGGCGGUGGCGGUAGCGGCCAUGGGCAGCCUGCGGCGGGCGGGCUGGAGGUUGUUGCGCUGCCCCGCGGUGGUCAGAUGCCAUUUGUACCCUUCACAGCGUACCUUCCGAGCCUCAGCUGUGCUGAGAAAAAUCUCAGAUGAGCAGAAACAUGAGACACCAUCAUCAUCCUCCCAGCAACAUUUUGAAACGUACCCGACAGGUGACCAGCCUGACCAGGACCCCCAAGCCUCACGUCCCAGUUACACUGGUCAUGGUGGUGAAGAGUCUGAGGACUAUGAAAGUGAAGAGCAGCUGCAGCUUCGAAUAUUGACAGCAGCGCUGGAAUUUGUGCCUGACCAUAGCUGGACAGCAGAUGCUGUUGCGGAGGGAGCCAAGUCACUAGGUCUCUCUGUUGCAGCAGCUGGAAUGUUUAACAGUGAUGGCAGUGAACUGGUCCUCCAUUUUGUAUCCAAGUGCAACUCCAAACUCUUGGAGCUGCUAGAGCAAGACCAAAAACUGGUACAGCUGGGCCAGGCAGAGAAGAAGAAGACAGAUCAGUUCUUAAGAGAUGCAGUGGAAGCCAGAUUGAAGAUGCUGAUUCCAUACAUUGAAAGUUGGCCCCAGGCUCUCAGCAUUCUUCUGCUCCCACAUAACAUCCCAUCCAGCCUAAACCUCCUCACUAGCAUGGUUGACGAUAUGUGGCAUUAUGCAGGAGACCAGUCCACAGAUAUUAAUUGGUACACUCGUCGGGCUGUGCUGGCUGGCAUCUACAACACCACAGAGUUGGUAAUGGUGCAGGACUCAUCCCCUGACUUUGAAGAAACUUGGCACUUCCUGGAAAACAGAAUAGCUGAUGCCAUGAACAUGGGUCACACAGCUAAGCAGGUACAGUCAACAGGAGAAGCACUUGUCCAAGGUCUAAUGGGAGCUGCAGUUACUAUAAAGAAUCUGACUGGACUGAACCAGCGUCGGUGAAAAGGAGGAGAAGGGAGCUGAGCAUCUGUGCCAUCCAUACCUUUGCCUGGAAGACAUUGAAGGCUGCAUCCCAAAAUGGGCACAAGAACAUGGAGCCUUUGGAGUGAACUUCACAUGCAGCAUUACAUUUCCCCAAGUACAGGAGCCUGCCUUACAGUACAGCAGAAGGGGCCCAGUUUUCAGGGGUUUAUAAAUACUCUCUGGGCUUUUUCCUGAGUUUCCUAAUAGAAUUAGAUUGUCUCAGCCUCCCCAUUACAGCAAAGCCAAAACUAUCACCAUGCUAAGGCAGGGCAUUAUGAAAAAACUAUGCAUGACUAAAGAGUGACUGACUGGAUAAACCCAGUGCCUAAGAGUUUCUCUCUUGCCCUCUCAUCUGCUCCUCUGUCCUGUGUAGCCCGUGCACAUGGCGUACUCACAGAGGACAAUGUUUUCAUGUCACUGAUGGAAAUGACCUCAGUGCCGCCAAAGGAGCAGCGUUCACUGGUGCUCUUUUGUUGGCUGUCGUUCAGACCCCACUUAGCUGUGUCUGACACUGUGAUCCCACUGCUGGCUUUGUUUCUACUGGGCUUAAAGAUACCAAACAGGAUCAUGAUGCUUGGUUCAAACAUGUGGCACAGACCAUGGGCUGUUGUAGCUGUAGGGUCCUGGCUAAGCAGACCCCCACUGCCUGAGCUGUUUGUAAGCAGGCUGUAAAGAAUUAAAACCCUCACACACUCA